UUUAUGAUUUAUCAUUAGCUCAAAUAAAUCUUGCUCGGCCUCAAUUCCCAGAUUCUCUAAAGAUUGGUCGGCCAAAAGAGCGUUCCUGGGGUGGCCGGAAAUCGUGUUGAAGAGAACAUAAUGGCAAUGGCUACAUCCAAUGCGAGUGACAUCAAGAUCUUCACAGGUCUCCAGCAAAUUGCUGAAUCUCGCCAUUACAAGGCAUGGCUGUUGGAUCAAUUUGGGGUUCUUCAUGAUGGGAAACAACCUUACCCUGGUGCCAUAUCUACAUUGGAAAAUUUGGCUUCUCGUGGUGCUAAAAUGGUCAUUAUUAGUAAUUCAUCAAGACGUGCAUCAACAACUUUGGAUAAACUGAAAAGCCUUGGAUUUGAUCCCUCUCUCUUCAUAGGAGCUGUCACCAGUGGAGAAUUAACAUAUCAACAUCUUCAAAGGAGAGAUGAUCCUUGGUUUCGUGUUCUAGGAAAGACCUGCAUUCACAUGACAUGGAGUGACCGAGGUGCUAUAUCACUUGAGGGGUUAGGGUUACAGGUUGUAGAGAAUGUUGAAAAAGCUGAAUUUAUUUUGGUCCAUGGUACUGAAGCUCUUGGGCUUUCUUCUGGUGACUCUGUUUCCAAGAAGCUUGAAGAGCUUGAGAAGAUUCUAGAACAUUGUGCAGCUAAAGGUAUCCCUAUGGUGGUAGCAAAUCCUGAUUUUGUCACAGUUGAAGCUAGAGAACUACGCAUCAUGCCUGGUACUUUAGCAGCUACUUAUGAAAAGCUUGGCGGUGAAGUUAAAUGGAUGGGCAAGCCUCAUGAGAUUAUCUAUAAAGCAGCCAUGGCUAUGGCUGGUGUGGAUGCUUCUGAUUCAAUUGCUGUGGGGGACUCUUUACACCAUGACAUAAAAGGUGCAAAUGCAUCUGGGAUUGAAUCUGCUUUUAUCACUUGUGGGAUCCAUGCAAAUGAACUUGGACUUGGUGGAUUUGGAGAACUUGCUGACGUGUCUUCUGUUCAUGCUCUUGCAUUGAAGUAUGAUGCUUAUCCAUCAUAUGUAUUGCCUUCUUUUACAUGGUAAUCUCAAUGAUGGAGACCAUGUAGGAUCAUGACAUGUGGACACAUCAUUGAUGUCUUAUAGGUCAUAGGAUAACCUGUGGCUAUUUUGAUCAUGUAUUCUUUUAUUCAUUGGAGUUGUUAGUGGCAUACUUCUGGAAGAUACUAUGUAUAGGGGUGGCUAAGGAUAACUAUCACUUUUCCUCCAUUUAUAUUUUUGCCUAAACAUGUAUAAACUUCAUAUUUUUUUCUUUCUUGAUGAAAUAAAUGAAUUUUCUCAAAA